AUGCGGCUCAAGAGACAUGUUGCGCUCUUUCAGUCGAACCUGAAGAGACACGUCUCAGCCCGCCCGCUCCUCUCCACGCAAUGUCAACACCGGCACCACCGCCGUCAAUAUACGCAGGUUGCCGCGGACCAGCCUGAGCACAUCGCGGUGCUCGGUGCUGGUAUUUCCGGGCUCGCGAGCGCACACUUCAUUGCGAAGGAGUUUCCUAAGAGUAAAAUUACGGUCAUUGAACGGAGUGAUGAAACGGGUGGUUGGAUAAAGUCGAGGAAGGUGGAGGUCGAAGGUGGGGAUGUCGUGCUCGAGUAUGGGCCGAGGACAUUGAGGCCUGGGGCAGCAGCUCUGCCAACGGUCGAGGAUCUUGGUCUUGAAGAUGAAAUACUUUGUACAAGCAAGAAGUCAUCCAGUGCAAAGAACCGUUAUAUCUACUACCCGAACCGCCUGAAUUGCCUCCCAUCUGGUGCAGAGGAUAUUGAUAUUCUCUCACUUCUCAAGCUAUGGAACUCUGGUAUCUUGGAUGGGGCAUGGAAUAUAGCUUUCGAGAGCUGGGCUAAGCCUCGACCCCGGAAUCUGAGGGACGAGUCAGUGGGUGACUUCCUCUCUCGCAGGGUCGACAAGCGCAUAGCAAACAACAUCGUAUCUGCCGUAUUCCACGGAAUCUACGCCGGCGACAUCUACCAAUUGAGUGCGCGGACGCUUCUGCAGCUGCCGUGGAAACUAGAGGGCAUGCAUGGCUCCGUCGGUCGCGGACUGUUCAGGGUGAAUGGAGAGAGCGAUUCUGGGCAAAUGGUCAUUCCUUGGUCUGCACACGCGUGGGAUCAGUACCGAGCUAUGAAAGACGAGCUCGACCUCCCCGAAGACCUCUUGCGUGAACUUAGUAGACAAAGUACUUUUACUUUCAAAGAGGGCCUGCAGCAGCUUCCGCGAGCGAUCGAGCAGAGUUUACGACAGAAUGAGCAGGUAGAUUUUGCAAUGGGCACAAAUGUGAAGGGGGUUGAAAAGGUCGAAGGGGCCCAAAAGAUUCGAAUUACUACUGAGGGCUCGCCUGAAAGUAAGGAGUAUGACUUUGUCGUUUCCACGCUUCGCGACAAAAAUGUCACUCCUUUCGUCAAUGUCAUGGUAGUCAACCUGUGGUUCAAAAACCCCAAACUUGUUCCAGUCAAAGGGUUUGGCUAUCUGAUCCCCCGCAGUGUUCCAUUCGAACAGAACCCUGAACGUGCCCUCGGGGUCAUCUUUGAUCACGAUGCCAUCACGGGCCAAGACUCUCUUCCUGGUACCAAACUAACUGUGAUGCUCGGCGGCCACUGGUGGGACGACUGGGUGGGUUUCCCUGACAACGACGAAGGAGCAGAGCUCGCGAAGUCCGUCUUGAAGAGGCACCUAGGCAUCACCGAAGAGCCUGACGUCUGCCAUGUCAAUCUACACAAAGAUGCUAUCGCGCAGUACACAGUGGGCUACGAGGAUCGAAUGAGAGAUCUCGACGGAACCCUACGGACUCGGUAUGGAGGAAGACUGAGGGUUGUCUCCAGCCAAUUCAACGGAGUAGGUGUGAAUGACUGCAUCAAGGGAGCAUGGGAGCUUGCUCGAGGCAUGAGAGGGAGCGGGUGGAAGGGACGACAGACAGGACUGGAGGCAUACACAGAUGAGAGGCCUGAUGUCAUACAACCAGUGAGCCAGAUGUUGAAAAUUAGAGCCCCUACGCACGUGUAG